UCUGUGUGUGUGUGUGUGUGUGUGUGUGUGUGUAGUUCAAACUCUUCACAUUGUAACUGCAUGUGGAGUCGCUGACUGCUAUCACUGACUGCUGUGUUGGAUCUGUCCUUAGACUUGUUUAUCUUUCUAGUGUUACGGCUGAAGUCUCCAGGGCCACCACUGACUCCAAGGACUCAUCACAUAGGAAGUGUACUAAGUAUAUAUAUGUACGACUCACGACAAAAAUGAUUUCCCCAAGUGAUGUCCUGCGAAAAAAUCUGAAGAUGGUCCAUGGCUGCCCCAUGGUUUAUGCUUUUGCACACAACUGGGAAAGGAUUGAACAGUUCUGCAGCAGGCCAGAUGACAUUGUGAUAGCCACUUACCCCAAAUCAGGUACCACUUGGAUUAGUGAAAUCUUGGACAUGGUUCUAAAUGAUGGAGAUGUUGAAAAAUGUAAGCGAGAUGUUAUUACUGCUAAAGUUCCCAUGCUGGAAAUGGCUGUUCCUGGAAUGAGAAUGUCAGGUAUAGAACAAUUAGAGAAGAAUCCAUCACCUCGUCUCAUCAAGACACAUCUACCAAUUGACCUCCUUCCUAAGUCUUUCUGGGAGAACAAUUGCAAGAUGAUUUAUCUUGCUCGAAAUGCCAAGGAUGUUGCAGUAUCAUUUUACCAUUUUGACUUAAUGAAUAAUUUUCAACCUUUUCCUGGAACAUGGGAAGAAUAUCUGGAGAAAUUUAUGACUGGAGAUGUGGCCUAUGGUUCAUGGUUUAAUCAUGUGAAGGGCUGGUGGAAGAAAAAGGAAGAACAUCCAAUACUUUUCUUGUACUAUGAAGAUAUGAAAGAGAAUCCAAAGGAGGAAAUCAAGAAGAUUACUAGAUUUCUAGAGAAGACCCUAAAUGAUGAGAUCUUGGAUAAGAUCAUCCAUCACACCUCAUUUGAAGUGAUGAAGGACAAUCCUCUGGUGAAUUACACACACCUGCCCACUGCAAUGUUGGAUCACAGCAAAUCCCCUUUCAUGCGUAAAGGGAUUACUGGUGACUGGAAAAAUUACUUUACAGCGGCCCAGAAUGAGAAAUUUGAUGCCCUUUAUAAAAAAGAAAUAUCUGGAACUACACUUCAAUUUCGCACAGAGAUUUAAACUGUAACUUGAAGAAACAGAAGAUGACCCAUAGUUUUUAGAAAGAAAGCAGUUAUGACUUGGCUGAGCAAUCAAAUGACUAUAGGGAAGAAAAAGCAUAUUUUAAAACUUUGAAUUUUUCAGCAUCAUUAAUCAGGCUUCAGUUUGUUCCUCUGCCUCUGAGUUUCCUAAUUCCCAAAGCCAAGGCCCAUCAUUCCUGUUUUGUAGGCUAAUCCUGCCUUUUCCUAGAUUAGACCAGAUAAGACAGUAUUUACCCUCUUCAAUCUCCCUAUCUUAUGACUGCUGUUUGUAACCUGACACUAUAUUUCCUGCCUCGACUGGUUUCCUUUGAUGAAUUAUUGACCCAGGACACUGUGUUCCACUGCUGUUUACCGGGUGUGUCAAACUCUUCCUGAAGUCAUAGCUCAUCUUCCUCUAUUUGGAUAACACAGUUCAUGUUCCAGAUCCUAUAAUUUUUUUUUUCUGUACCUUAUUUAAUGUCCAGGUCUCCAAAGGGCAAAGACCUAUAUUGUUCUCUCUAAGGUCUUCCCUGGGGACUGAAGGUUGUCUCUUAGAGACUGUCUCUGUGAGCACCAGGACUUGCUUCCUGUGGACAGUCCUCUUCUCUUAGGAAACCCUUUUCAAUUUCUAUAGAUCACACAUUGCAGUGCUCUGGUCACUUUGAUCUUUCUCCGAAUAGAUUUGGAUUCCCUAAUAGCACCCAAGAUAAGGGUAUAGCUGCCACUGAAAAUUUCCCAGUCUGCUGUCCAAGGAAGACUAGCCUGAGUCUCACUCUGCCCUCCUGACCCAGGAUCCCUCCUACCUACUAUCCCACACUAUGGCUACAUGCUUGGACUCUCGAUAGACGUUUCCGGGAACAUUCAUAUCUCAACUCUGGUUCUUCCAUGCAUGUAGCUAUGCCUCUAUCCAUGUGCAGCAAAAACUUUUAUCUGAAGUUCAUAUCAGCAUGUGCCAAAUUAAAUCCAAAGCCACAGUUCUUAAACUGAAGCUCAUUAGAGUGCUCUGGGCUGGGCCUUUCCAUGUUCCAGGAGUUGGAACUUCAAAUGCAUUUUAGACUCCCUGAGGCAUAAUACAAAUAUCAGUGGGUUGCAGUUUUGCAAAUAUACACUCUCAGUCUGGAAUAGUUGAAACACUCCUUCACCCUGUAACUACACUCCUUUUCAAUCCCAGCAGAAGAAUAAUGUAGUACUAAAUGCAAAUCCCCCAGAAAUGAUUGCCUCUGAUUCUGGAAAUAUUUGCUUCUAUACAUUUACAGUGUAUAUUAUAAAUUAUUUUAGGAUAAGCAACUUGUGUUCAUGCUCUUUAGAAACAUAUUUUGAAGGAGUUAAUUCUAUAAGUCUACACAUGUUAUGAAUACCAGCUAUGUAGAAUAUUGUUUUUAAGAAGGAAGUAAAGUAAGCCAAUCAUGUGUCUAUUUAUUUGUUAUCUUUACUAACAAUGAGUAAAUGUUGCCUGAAUACAUAUGGGCUUCUGCUACUAUAGUCUGUUACUGGGGAAAAAAAUCUGAACUAGACUUUAAUCUUUGUGAUGGGUUGGCUGCACUAACUAAUUUCACUAGCAGAAUAUAAUAAUUCCUACUUUCCCUAGUUUUCCUCUUUGGAAUAAGUUUCUCACUGGACUUGAUUCAACAGCAACAACAAAAUACUGUAAGAUUAAACUAUUCUCCAGAUAUUUUUCUGUGCAUUGAAUGAAAAGUACAAAAAAUUA